AUGGGAAACACCAUUUCAUACGACGAAAAGGCCUAUGACCUGAACCUUGGUGACAAAGGCAAAAUUCGUGGUAUUCAGUUUGAUCAAAAAUCUCGAAGAUAUGCUGGCAUUCCGUAUGCGCUUCCACCAACCGGCAACUACCGUUGGCGCAAGCCGAGGCCUCUACCGUCUUCGUACACUUAUGCAAACGGUGAAGAUGGUCCCUUCGAUGCGACUCAGUUCAAGGCCAUAUGUCCACAAAAGACAUUCCAUGUUGGAAAGGCCGAAGGAGGUGACGGUACCUAUAGCGAAGACUGCUUAUUCAUGAACAUCUGGACGCCCGUCGGUGACAAGAAGACCUCAAAAUGGCCUGUCAUGCUAUGGUUGCAUGGCGGCUGGUUCCAGAUGGGCGACCCCUCGCAAGACCCAGGCAUGGACCCAACGGAACUCAUUUCUACCGGCGGCCUUAAUGCUAUUGUAGUAGCCAUAGGCUAUCGACUGAACAUCUUUGGCUUCCUCGCUGGAGAGGCCCUUCUCGAAGAAAGCCAGGGUGAUUCAGCAGGUAAUUUUGGCCUUUGGGACCAGCGAAUGGCAGCUGAAUGGGUGAAGGAAAAUAUUUCUCUGUUCGGAGGAGACCUAAACAAUAUCACUCUGGCUGGUCGAAGCGCUGGUGCAUACAGCGUUGAGGCUCAGAUGUUGUACGAAUUUCGGAAGCCAGGACCCAAAACAUCUUUGUAUCGCCGAGUUUUCAUGAACUCAAACGCCAUUCCUGCACAGCCAAAGUCACUCCAAGAAACCAAUCCCCAAUUUGAAGAAGUCUGUCGAUUAUUUAACAUUGACGAGGAGGAUUCUGCGAAGGAGAAAAUUACUCGUCUUCGGCAGGUCACAACGCAAGAUCUUGUUGAAGCUAUCCCCAAACUGGAGCACCACACAUUCAGACCUGUAACUGACCAUCUGUUUAUUCACUCAAACGUGAUGGAGUAUCUUAGGAGCCAAGACUUUGCCCACGAGUUCAAGUCCAGAGGCUAUAAGAUCUUGAUCGGCGAAGUCGCCAACGAAGAGACGCUUUACUCGGUUUACAACAGUCCCACUGAACCCAGUCUUGAUGCACUAAAGAUGCAAGUCAUGAACUACUACUCGCCUCAAGUCUCUGAACGAGUGAUAAAACGCUAUGGCGCUCCAGCUUCUGAAGAUUUAGAAGACUGGAAAAGAUUGUUUGGCAACAUUAUAUCUGACGGUCAGGUCAGAGCUCCAUCAAGAUCUCUUGUUCAGAGUUUGUCAGCAAAUGGAGUGAAUAUCCACGACAUCUGGCGUUACCGAAUAGCCUACCGCCUCUCCUUCAUAAACGAGAAAGUGGCGCCCAAGUCGUUCGGGGUGGCCCAUGCUAUGGAUAAGCCAUUCUGGAACUUCACAAUAACGCAUGGCCCAGCGGAGGUCGAAAGGAAACUAAUGCAGGAUUGGAUUCAGGUCCUGUGUGCUUUUGUGAAAGGAGACAACGCGUAUGACUAUGGUACUCAAUUGGUUGAUGACAUCAAAGUCAUAACCCCUAAAGGCAUAAUCAGGGUUCAGAAGGAUGAUCGUUGGGAAGAGCUGAUAGAUAUUGGCAGGAUAUUUAGUGGCAGCGAAGAAUGA